CAACAUUAGAUUGGCGCAUAUCGACGUACACUAUGGGCGGCCGCAGAGGCAAAAGGAAUCGGACUCCUCCGGUUACCGAACCGAAGAAACUCCGAAACGGGACCUAUUCUCCGCCACCGCUACUGGUUGCCACAUCACAGCGGCAGCGUGCUGAACCGCCAUCGCCCGAUCAAUCGGACUCCGAAUCGCUGUCAGGCGAAUCUUACGCCUCAUCGGUAAAUUCUCGACCAACCAGCGAUAUUUCGGAAACUGACAGGCAAAUGGCCAGUGUGUCCGCACCUUCUUCCACACUCUCAUCGGGUGACAAUGAUCCAGAUGAUCCAGUCCCAUUGACACACUGCAGUCAUACGGUUGAAGAAUCUGAAAAAGUUCGAGUCAAAUACUGUACAUGAGCUGUUGGGUAUUUACUUACAAUAUUAUUUUAAUAAUGUAUUAAUGUUUGUAUAUGUUGGCUGUUUGUGUUCAGUUCUAGACUGUGUUUAUAGACGCAUUGUAUCUAGUUAAACGUUUAAUUUAUAACUUAUAUGUAUAUCCUUAUGAUGGAUAGAAAUAAUAUUGUAAUAGGUAAUAAUAAUUUGUUAGUUUUGUCUAUGUGCGUGCUAUGUUAGGUUUACUAUUAAUUGUGUUCAGUGUUUGGUGGCAGACCGGUCCAGGCUACUAAGUGCAAAGGCAUAUAUAUUUUUACAAAGUUAAAUUAUAUUUUACCGUUUAAGAUAUAUUAUUUAAAAUAUGGUUAGGUUAGGUUUUAUGCCACACGAGCAAAUAUAUACAUUUUGAACCAUGUUGGGUCAAUGUUUUGUAGUUGACUUUUUAUUAUGUAUAUUAGGUAAAUAAAUAUUGUAAUUUUUUGCUUUUGCAGUAACCAUUAACCAAUAAACCUUUUUACUAAUUAGUUUUAUUAGGUAUACCUAACUGAUAAUAUUUGUGUUGAUCAAUGUUGUGUCUUUAUGUUUCUCGAUACUUCAUAUUAUUUAAAUGUUGUUAUUUACUAAGAAAACAAGUUGUACAAUUUUAAACAUUAAAUGAUCAA